UUUCUGCAGGAGCUUCGCCGUCAGCGCUGAAAAAUGGAGACCUGGGUUCCACUUCUGGCGGCUCUUCUCCCCGUUAUCCAGGCCGUGUGUCCGGAUCAGACGGCCGGUCUGCAGCCCUGGACUCCCGGUUUCAGUGAGACUCACCACGUCACCAUCGGUUACGGACGGAAACUUCUCCUCACCUCCUCAGCCACCGUCCACUCCAUCCACAUCCUGAACGGAGGGAAGCUGGUGAUCGCCGACACCGACCGUCCCAUCCUGCUGCGAACCAAACACAUCCUGAUCAGGGAGGGGGGCGAGCUGCACAUCGGCGCCCCCCAGUGUCCAUAUAAGGGCACGCUCACCAUCUCGCUGUACGGCAGGUCUGACGACACGGACGACACCCACAGUUACUUUGGGAGGAAGUACGUGGGCGUAGGAACAGGAGGAACGCUGGAGAUUCAUGGUGACCAGAAGCUCUCGUGGACCUUCCUGAACAGAACUCUUCACCCCGGAGAGGGCAACGAGAGGAGCUACCACUUCGAGAGGAGCUGGGGCAACCGGGGCAUCAUCGCCCACGUGGUCCAUCCCGGCACGGGCGAGGUUCUGCGCUCCGAUAGGUUCGACACGUACCGGAGUAAGAACGAGAGCAGGCGCCUGGCGCAGUACGUGGACGAGGUGGAGGACGGUCAGAUCUUGGCCAUGGUGGUGAACGACGAGGGCUCCAACAACCUCGAGGACUCGGCCAGGAAAACCCUGGCCAAGCUGGGCAGCCGCCAUUUCCAUCGGCUCGGCUUCAGGCACCCGUGGAGCUUCAUUACGGUGAAGGGGGACGCGUCCUCUGCGGUGGAGGAUCACGCCAUCUAUCAAGGGACCAAGGCGUCGUCGGAGGCCAGGAGUUCCCGUUCCUUCUACACAGGUUAUGGAGAACACUUCAUCAUCACCACCGUCAGUCAGUGGGUCCAGGAGGCAGAAUGGACCGACUGGUUUGAUCGUGAUGAUGAGAGGGGAUCAGGAGAUUGGGAGAAACUCUCUGACCUUCAUAAAGCUUUUCCCGAGCGACUCUGCAGCAACCCGCUGGAUAUUGAGGCUGAAACGGUGGACGGCGUCCCUGCCAACAUGACGGGUGAGACCUUCUCCAGACUGGACAGGAACUUCGGCCUGGUGUGUCUGAAUAAAGAUCAGCCGGACGGGAUCUGCUACAACUACCGCGUCCGCUUCCUCUGCGGAAAACUCGUGCGUCCACAGGCCUCCGUUUCCAUAGACACCGUGUCGAACAGCACCGUGUUGGAUCUGGUGGACGAGGCGCUGGGAUGGAGACCGGGAGAUCGUGUGGUCGUCUCCAGCACCGACUACUCCAUGAACCAGGCGGAGGAGUUCGUCCUGCUGCCCUGCGCCACCUGCACCCAGCACCAGGUCAAAGUGGAAGGUAAGCCGGCGUUCCUGCACAUGGGCGAGGAGGUGGACGGCGUGGACAUGAGGGCGGAGGUGGGACUCCUGAGCCGCAACAUCCUGAUCAGAGGGGAGAUGGAGCCGUCCUGUUAUGGCUCCGAGUCCUGCAAGUUCUUCAGCUUCGAUACUUUCGGGGGGCAUCUGAAGGUGGAACGCGGCUUCAAGGCGGUCCACGUCCAGGGGGUGGAGCUGAUGCACAUGGGUCAGCAGUCGAUGGGUCACUACCCCGUGCACUUCCACAUGAACGGAGACGUGGACGAGGUGGGGGGCUACGACCCGCCCACCUACGUGAAGGACCUGUCCAUCCAUCACACCUUCUCCCGCUGCGUCACCGUGCACAGCUCCAACGGCCUGCUGGUGAAGGACGUGGUGGGUUACGACGCCCUGGGUCACUGUUUCUUCACCGAGGACGGUCCGGAGGAGAGGAACACGUUCCAGCACUGCCUCGGGCUGAUGAUUAAAGCCGGAACCCUGCUGCCCUCCGACAGAGACAGCAAGAUGUGCCGGGGCAUCACGGACGGGGCGUUCCCGGGAUACGUGGCCAAGCCGCGCCAGGACUGCAGUGCCACCUCCACCUUCUGGAUCGCGAACCCGAAUAACAACGUGAUCGACUGCUCGGCUGCAGGUUCGGAGGAGACCGGAUUCUGGUUCAUCUUCCACCACGUCCCCACCGGUCCGUCGGAGGGCAUGUACUCGCCGGGCAGGACCGAGCACACGCCGCUGGGAAAAUUCAUCAACAACCGUGCCCACUCCAACUACCGGGCAGGGAUGAUCCUCGACAACGGCGUGAAAACCACUGAAGCAAACGCCAAGGACAAGCGACCCUUCCUCUCGCUCAUUGGUGCUAGGUACGGCCCUCACCAGGAUGCCGACCCCUUCAAACCCAGAGUGCCCGCUCUGAUCCACCACUUUGUGGCCUAUAAGAACCAGGACCAUGGGGCGUGGCUCAGAGGAGGAGACGUCUGGCUCGAUGACUGCCAGUUUGCCGAUAAUGGAAUCGGCCUCACUUUAGCCAGCGGAGGAACCUUCCCGGACGAUGACGGCUCGCGACAGGAGGUGAAGAACUCGCUGUUCGUGGGAGAGAGCGACAACAGAGGGAUGCCCGUUCCUGACAGCCGGAUCUGGGGGCCGAGCGGGUUGGACCACAGUGGCAGGACCCUUCCUAGAGGAGUGGACUUCCCGAUUCGUGGCAUGCAGAUCUACGACGGUCCCAUCAACGUCCAGAACUGCACCUUCCGCAAAUACGUCGCGCUGGACGGACGGCAUACGAGCGCUUUCGGCUUCCGGCUGAACAACUCGUGGCAGAGCUGCCCCAACAACAACGUCACUGAUGUUGUAUUCGACGAUGUUCCGAUCACGUCCCGCGUGUUCUUCGGAGAGCCCGGUCCCUGGUUCAACGAGAUGCAGAUGGACGGAGAUAAGACCACCAUCUUUCACGACGUGGAUGGCUCGGUCAGCGAGUACCCAGGUGCCUUCUUGGUCAAGGAAGACAACUGGCUCCUGCGCCACCCGGACUGCAUCGACGUGCCAGACUGGAGAGCCGCCAUCUGCAGCGGGCACUUUGCCCAGAUUUAUGUCCAGGCACGGAUCCCGGCCAACCUGAACAUGAAGAUGGUGAAGGACGAGUACCCGGACCACCCGCUGGAGCUGGAGGGAGCUCUGGGGAAGAAGCAUCACUACCAGCAGUUCCAGCCCGUAGUCACUCUGGCUAAGAGCUACACGCUGCACUGGGACGCCGCCGCUCCGGCCGAGGUCACUGUCUGGAUCAUCAACUUCAACAGGAACGACUGGAUCAGUGUCGGAUUCUGUUACCCCAGAGGCACCACGUUCAUCAUCAUCUCCGACAUCCACAACCGACUCACCAAAGAGACCAAAAAGACCGGAGUGUUCCUGAGGACCACACAGAGAGAGAAGAUCAGCCACUCACACCAGGCCAGAGGCUUUUACUACUGGGAGGAGGACACUGGGCUUCUGUUCCUGAAGGUUCAGGCUCACAACGACAGAGACACGUUCUCCUUCUGCUCAGAGAAAGGCUGCGAGAGGGUCAAGAUCAAAGCCCACAUCCCGAAAGGCAGCGGCCCCAGCGACUGCAUGGCACAGGCCUACCCCAAAUACGCGGAGAUGCCCGUGGUGGACGUGCCCAUGCCAAAGAAACUACCCCGGUCCAGUCUGUCUCAGAUGUCCGAGCACUUCUUGGAGGUGAAGGUCGAGUCCUACACCACGCGCUUCUUCCACAUCAAGGAGGACUUUGCCUACACAGAGAUGAACGGUAAUAAGAUCUACCACGCCGAGGACGGCGUUCACCUCACCGUGCUGGACGGCCACAGCGGCAAAGUUCUGGACACCAAAGCCUUCAGGAACGCGGUGCUGAUGGGAAUCCCGGCUCAGCUUGAGAACUACGUCAACGGCCUGAAGGACGACUCUAUAGUGAUGAUCACCUCCAAAGGCAAACUGGUCACCAGAGGAGCUUGGACCAAAGUGCUGGAAAGACUUGGUGCCGACCCGAAUGUCAAAUUGAAAGAUAAGCUGGUGUUUGUGGGCUUUAAGGGCGGCUUCCGCCCCGACUGGGUGAGGAUGGCGGUGGACAAAGAGCGCGCCAAGCUGCAUCAGGUGCUACCCAUGCCCAUCGUUCGGGUGAUGAAGCUCUGAGAGGCGACGCUUCGGCCCUCCGCUUCCCUUUCUAUCUUCGUCCCUCUCAGCCCGCACAAACCAGGACUACUGAACUCCGAGCAGCCAAUCAAGAGCAAGCAUGCGUUGGCGUGGCUCCUCUCAUGUGUGAUGUCGAUGUGAUGUGUGUGAUACGUGGACGUUAACGUGAAUCUUUCGGGUCGUGUCGUCAGUGUAAAUCUUUCCGAAAAGCCAGAUGCCAGACUUUCCUUGUCGCCCCCCUUCCGUCCCCUCCUGCCCCGCCCCGCCCCGCCCCGCCCACACUGUGGUGUUUCGUCAUUCCAAGAAACGUUUUCUAUCCUGUAAAAAAAUGAUUCCGAUUUUACGUGUCAUUCACCUCGUGAGGUUUGAGGUUUCGCCGUUUCCUUUCGUUGUAGCGCACAAGAGAACCAGCAGAGCCAGAACUCGCCGAACCAGACACCAAUAACAGCUACGUUCACGCGUCCGGGUUCGACCCUGUGAAAAGAUCUGGCAACGUGUUUUCCAUCGGAGAUGCCGAAAUAGCUGGUCUUUUUUCGGGGAUGGUGAUUUCUAUGUUUUAUGUGUUUCUUAAAAAAAAUCCUUCAGAUUGAUAACAGAGAUUAUAUUUUCUACUUAUUUAUUGUACAGGUAAAAUGGAACAGAUCCGUUCCGGACGCCUCCUCUGAGUUGUAACGUAAUUCUGAUCACGUCUCCUGGAUGAUUUGAACUUUGCGUAGGUUAAAAUCCUGAGUUUGUACAUCAGCGUGUUGUAAAUGUGAACGAUUUUAAAGUAAUCCGACACUUUUGUACAGAAAUAAAGAGUGAAAAAUC